CAUUUUCCGUGUAAUCACGUGUUCUUGGAGAAAAUAGUCAUUUCCAACUUCGUCUUUAGCAAGCGGUAGUCUCGAGGAAGGGAAGAAGCGAGAAUCAGCUGUUAAGAUGGGAAUGACGAGUGGCCAUGCUAUCGCUGCCAUUACUAUCGGUACUGUGCAGUCGUUGUUUUCCGUUAUUUUGAUCAUUACUUCUUUCGUUCUUUUGAGUUAUGGCCACGGCGUCAAAACAUCCAUAACUCCAUAUUGGAGUGGGUUUCCGGUGAGUGUUGAAAGAUUUCGUUCCGUUUACUUGCAAAUCUGUGGUGUAGAUUAAGGGUUUUCGAAAUUGAUUUCUGCUCUGGAAAGGGUUUUAAAUGUCAGUUAAACCUGUAAAUCAAUUUAUUUCCUCGAAACCUUUAGUAAACCUGCAAUUAAAAAUUUUUUUCCGGGUGACAUUUGAGUACACGCUCUGCGAAGCGACCCUUAGGGAUUAAGUUUUUAAGUUUCUCACGCAAGAAGCUUCAUUGGCAAGCCAUUUUGGAGCGUCGAGUGAUUACGACAGAAAACGCAGCCUAGAGAUAUCAUGUCUCCGGGGAAAUAGGCAAUCAUUCAUUUGCCACUCCUUCGGUUACCAAAAAAAGGUUGAAACGACCAAAGCCAUUAUUUCCACCGUGUUGCUAAUGCCGUUGAAUAUACCUUUGCAAUCGAGUGGAGGUGCGCCUUUUCUUUCGAUGUUUACUGCCGCCAUUGUCCUCUAGUUGGUAGAUCUCAUCCUCGUCGCCAGUGUUAAAUAUUAUUAAAUCUUCAAUUGAUAUCUAAAUAGCUAGAUCUUUUUUUAUACGUAUUAUAAAUGUCAGAAAGAGGAUGACGUUUCAUGCGGAUUGGACAUGCAAGUUAAGUCUCCAAGAAACGUUUCGUGAUCUGAGUAAAUGUGCAAUGCACACAAUUAUAAAAUAAUUCAAAUAGUACGCGCGCUCUGAUUGGCCAUAAAACCAUUUUACAUGAGCGUAUGUAAACACGGUUUUCGUUCCUCUUUCAUUAGUUAUUUUAUAAAAGAAAUAUAAAAUGGUUUCCGUGUUUACAUAGCCUGAUGCUUCGCGUCGUGGUUUCCAGCUUAUCGAGUGUUCUCCCAACCUCCCGCGUGUUUACAUCAGGCUAUGUAAACAUGGAAACCAUUUUACAUUUAUUCAUGAUCCUUAGACUAUAUACUACCAGAGUUGCCGUGCAUAUUCAAAAUCUGGAGAAAACCGUUUUAUUUAAAAUUACAAUACACAGUUUGAAUACGUUUCACCCUAAAUUAAUUCAGACUUUGCUUAUCUUUUAUUUUAAAUAAUUUAUGAAUGACAUGAAAGCAAACAAAGAUCAUCAGCCAAAUGUAUGUCACUUGAAUCCCCUUCCUACCACACCAACAGGUGAUUGUGGUGGUAGAAGGAGGAUAUGAGAACAGAAUAUGAGUCUAACUCUGCAAAAAGUGGUGUUAAGAUCUGUUGUUCUUUGUUACACUUAAUUUCUGUUAUACAUUAAAAUGGCUUUUUAAUUUCCACACCCAACAUUAGGGUAUAUACUAAAACCUGAAACAGCAAAACAAAACAACUGAAUGAAAAAGGAAAAUGAGCAAAAAAAACAACAGUAAAGGCUAAAAUGAAAUGACUGUCAUGACCAAAACAAAACCACUACCACAAUUGAGAUGAGUAGAGGAUAAAAUGUUGCAGAAUAUGAAGAUUUCACUUCAGAUAUUCUCUUGCAUUUAAGGCUUUAAAUAUUAAGGCUGUCUCGCAAAAAAAUUUUUUUUGCCAUCAUGCAAGCAGUUGAAGCCAUAAUUUGAUAAUUACAUGCCGUUUCCAAGACAGACUGCCAGCCAUAUGGAAUGCCAAAGCAUACAAGGAAAGGAUAGGAAGAAACAGAUUUUUGUAUUCAUCAACAACGUUUAUGUCCAUAAUUUAUUUCCUAAUUUUCUUUUUUUUAAUUAAGGUUUUAUAGAUGCCUUUUACCAAGUUGAUGGCAAUUGAGAGAUAAUUGAAUUUCCUCACAAGCUAGACCAGGAGUAGACCUAAAUUGUGAUGAGACAAAUAUGACAGCUGACACCAGACUCCCCUGGGCAGUCAUUUUAUCAUCAUUAUUACUAUUAUUUUAUGAUUAUUGACUCGUGUGAUGUUUUGGCCAUUUUUUUUUGUUAGGUUUGUUUCAUUUUGAUUAUUUCAUUUUGGUCCUUUCAGUGGUUUUGUUUGUUUUUCUUGUUUCAUUUCAUUUUGCUGUUUCAAGUUUUAUUAUGUGUACACUAGGAGUUGAGUGUGGUGAAAAAUGGAAGCUUGAAGUACUCUUUUUAUCAUUUACUUCUGUGAUUUAAAAAACUUCUUCAUUGCAAAUGAAAGUAAACAUUUAUAUAUAUAACCCAGAUAUUUGACAAGUUUUCAAGAAAUGCAAGAAAUGGAGAUUAAAACAAACACUCUGAUAAGGAGACUUCAAGACUCAUUGUUAAGGGUGACAGGAUGUGCAGAUCAUAGAUAACACCCUCAGGUUUUUCUUGAUACUGUUUCAUUCCCAUCCCUUAAAUUUCAAUUUUUUUAAUCAGGAAUUCUUGACACUGUCGACAUUAUUUUACAAUUAAAAAAACACAAGCAAAACAGCACUAUUGUUUAAAGGUUAAAAACCACCAGUAUUGUGCAAAGACACAGGAGAGACUAUACUCAAAAUGAUGUUCCAAAAUUUCUCCUCCUGAGUGUUUAAGAACAUUGAUAUGCUCAUAACCUCUUUUACUUUUGCUGUAUUAAAAGUGACUUUUAAUAUUAUAGUUCUUUAUCUGUGGAAUUUUUGGCUUUGCUGGAGGUGUUACCAAGAAGUAUUGUUGUGUAAGUGUUAUUCUUUGCAAAUAUUUUGUUUUUGUGAAGCUUUUUUUAUGGUUAUUCCGAAAGAAAAGGAUGAAACUCUAUGGUCAUCUGGUGACUCUGAAAAUUGUCAGAAAAUUAUGAUAUUUCCUUACAUUUUUCAUCUUGAAGACUUCUAUACUUUUAUAGUCUCAAUGAACUAAACAUGAGAGGAGGGAGGAAAGGGAAUUUGGGAAAGUUAUGCAACUCAAGACACAGAAUUCUCUGGACUCUGAUGAUUAUCUAAUACCCUCAGAUAGCCACAUUCAAGAACAUUUUCCUGCAAAUUGUGGGACAGUUUUGUGUAUAGCCUUAAUGGUAUGGAGAAAAUGUUUUGAUAAAUGAUUAUUUUGAGAGUCAAAAAAAUGCUAUUGAUUUAAAUUGUAUUUUGUAAUUUAUUCCAGAUGGUUACAUUUUUGGUCUUCAGCAUUAUUACUGCAAUCAUUUCUGCGGCAGCAUCCAUUACUGUCACUUUAGCUCUGUCCUACUGGGAUAUUGCAGUUGACCUUUCGGACUGUAUCACUUUGGGAGGGUCUUGCUAUUGUCUUGAUGGCAUCAGUUAUGGAGGUAUUUUUUUAAAAGAUAUAAAUAGAAAUAAAGCAAUAUGGGAAAUAUCAAUCAUGCCAGCAGCUAAAGUAAGAUCUAAAGGGAGCUCAAGGUUUACAAAAAUGGCAAAACUGUUCAUGGAUUGAUGAAAAUUGAUGUCAUGUUGAUGUUAGUUAUUUAAGUCUAUCUUGAGUCCUAAGAUAUGUCUUCUCCAUUGUUCUUUCUUACUCUUAACUUGCGUAAUAUCUUUCUCUACUAAAAACUGUACCUUUAAGCUAAAUGUCAAAUGUACAUAAUGAUUAUAGCAGAAAUGUCCAUGUAAACAGCACUCGCGUAAUAAUUUUCUCUAAUAAAAACUGUACCUUUAAGCUAAAUGUCAAAUGUACAUAAUGAUUAUAGUGGAAAUGUCCACGUAAACAGCACUCGAUUAUUCAAAUAACUCCAACUGCUUCAGAGUAAGGUGGUGGUGGCUCUUCAUUCAUUUAAUUAAGUUUAUUUUGUAAUGGUUUAAUUUUCCUUUUUUCUAUCUUUGAACACUAGUAAUUCAAAACAAAAUCUAGCUUUUCUGAAAUUCUGCAUCCUGUUCUAAGAUAUGAUCAGAGGUGCUUUGUUAAUGUCAGUAGUAUUAUAAUAUAGAUGAUAAUUUGCACUAUUGGUGUCUCAAAAUGGCAAUUAGUUAAAUUGCAUUGUGAUCUGUCUAUAUAUAAUGAAGAUUGCACUGUUGAUCAUUCUCAAAAUUACAAUUAUAGUUUUUUAUCUGGAUUUUGUGAUUUGUUUUAUUAAAAUUUUGCUCAAACUAAAGACACUUCUCUUCAAAAACCUCUUAGCAGGAUCAACUGCUGAGAUUUAUAGGAUCACAAGAUCAACAUUCUGUAAAAUCAACUUGUUUGUUACAAUUGAGAGGAAGACACUUGGUAGCAAAAUUUAAGGCAUAUAAAGUUGCAAUUUGCAUCUUUCUCUACUUUGAUAUCACUUUUCUUUCUUGCUCUCUGGAUUUUUUGGAGUCCUGCAAAACUUCCCCAUGGCUACACAUUGUUGCACAAUGUUUUUUGUAAUUAUUCCUCUUAAGUUAUGUGAAUUUGUAAAUGGGGAUGAGGAACCGAUUUCAGUAAGUUGCAUGAUGUCAAAAUUUAGUUUCUAGCCAACACAGACUGCAAAAGGAAGACAACAAUACUGUUUACAUGUAAUCCUUUAUUAGCCUCUCUUUUCCACAAAAUUACAGGAGAAUUGUGAUGCUAAUAAUGACAAGGGUGGUUCAAUGAUGAAAAUAUUAGCAACUAACUAAGUUUUUAUUACUUAAGCUUACUUCAUCUCUGUAAAGCUCAAUGAACUACCCCUCUGAUCACUGUUAAAAGCAUUAUCUCUAAAUUGACAUUCUUUACUGCAGUGGAUGACUGCUCCUACCUGAAGAGCAUCAGAACUGUGAUUAUUGUGGUCAUGUUUGUCUGCUACAUCUCCUUUGCUUUGGCUGUGACUGGAUCAAUUUUGGGCUGUAUUACAAUUUGCUAUGCCCCACCUGUAAGUAGAGAGGCAUUAAAUUAGAGAUUUGUAGGAUUGAAAGCACUAAAUGAUACAUGAACUUUAUAAAUCUUAAUAGCACAAUUUUCUUUAUUGUUGAAAAAAAAAAACUGCAAAGAAAGAUGUUCAGUUUUUGAGGAGUGGUUGACAAGAAAGAAUCUGAACCCAUCUCAAGCAAACCACAUAUAUGAACCACAUAUCUUUGUAUUUUGUAGCAUAUUUCUACAAUACCUCACUGAGUUAUUGACAACAUGUUCUUGUAUGACAGACAUUCUGUAUAUAAGUUAUUUAUGCUGGCCAGUAAUGUUGAAAACAGCUAACAAAACUAACUAACUGAGCAAAUCUUUGUUUCUUUUAGGAUCCCCCCAUGAUGGUUAUUGCUCAGCCAACAAUGGCUCCCACUGGCAUGGUGGUCUCUCAUUCAUCCAUGCAGGUUAGCGGAGGGGCUCCAAUGGCUUACUGCCAGGGUGCUUACCCUCUGGGUGCUUACCCCCAGGGUACUUCUGCUGGACAGGCCAUGUUCACAGAACAAACAGCAGAGACUCAUGACAAGGCUUCCUUAUUUGUGUAAACUGUCAUCAUAGUUUAUUAUGUUAGUUUUGAUAUUUCCUUUUUACUAGAUUAUAGUCGUUGUAAGUUUCAGGGCAUAAUUGGCAUCUAACUCAGUGUGCAGUCAUAAACUAAAGAAUUAGAGCCCCAUUUUAUCUUUUUGCAAAGGAAAAUUAAUUCAAAAUAUUUUUUUUUAUCAAUAAUGAUUCCAGUUUGUUACCAGUUAAGUACCACGUGGCAGAUGGAUAUUAUUCCCUCCAUUGUCUAUGAUUUAGCAAAGAGGACUUUGUUUAUUAGCGUAUGUGAUACGUGACUGUACAACGGAGUUGCUUUUUGGUAAAAAAUCAGAAGAACUUACUGUAGCAAUUAAAUUUCUUAGCAUUCUUUUAGCCUGUCAGACCAGUUUCACUUUAUGUUAGUCAUUUUACAAAGGUUAUAUCGAGGAGACCAAUUGGAAGCUUCUUCCACGACCUAUACAAAAAUAACACAUUUAUUUAGGAUCUAGAGUUGCUUUUCAGAAGAGACUGUUCUCUUUGUUUAGAAAGUUGCUACUGUUCCUAAGAUGCAGAUUAGAAGAAUGUUCUCUUUGUUUAGAAAGUUGCUACUGUAUUGGAUGCAGGUUAGAUAAGAAUUCAGCAAGUCAAGAUGGGCACAGUUGAAAUUGUUGCCAGCAUUUUUUACUACCAAGAGAAGGGAACAGCAAUCAUUUUGUUUAUAUUCUGAUAACAUAAUUGAGUUGAGAGUAGGCCUGUACAGUGUAGCAUUUUAUAGAUUUAAGUUCUGUAGUCUAAACUUUUUUUUUUAAUUUUCUCAUGUUAGGUUUUAAAUUUGGCCAAUAUGCC